AUGAACAAGUCUGGAAGUGACGAUUCCGAAUUUGAAACUUCAUCAAGUUCUGGACAGUUAUCGCCGACUGAAGAACUCCAUUUUUUAUCUCCAAGAUGGAGUUUUUGGUUACAUAUUGCGGAUCGAAACAGAUCAUGGUCCGACUGCAUGGAACAGCAAUGUAUUAUCGGCUCAAUUGAAGAUUUUAUUGCACUCAAGUAUCGUAUCUUGCCACCUAGUCAACUUCCUUUGGUUGAAAUUUGUUAUUACGUUUUCAAAGAAGGCAUUAAACCGAUGUGGGAGGACCCUCAUAAUCAAGGUGGAGGUUCCAUUGAAAUUGUGUUUGGACGUCAAUAUCAAUACACUCGUUUGGAUAAACUUUGGUUUGAUCUCUUAGAGUUAUUAUUCGCUGGCCAAUUUGACGAGCAUAACAACAAGAUUUGUGGGUUGUCAUUUGCAAUGCGUUUUCGUGGCUACACAAUCUCCCUUUGGAUUAGUGAUGUCAGCACUGUUCAUGCUUAUUUUCCCAUACUUGGAGUACUUGAAUUAUUUAGACUUUUAAUGCUCUUCUACCGCGAUCACCAUCAGUGGGAUGCUUUUAGAACUCAUCCUCGACUUAAACGAACGCCGCAAAAAUCUCACGCUCAUUACAUUCGUUGGUUACAAUGGUUAAAGUUUAUUCUUCUCGAAUCCUUCCGAGCUACUGGACUUUCACUCGCCGUUUUGAAUAUAUUUCCAUUAUUGGACGUUUCGCGUUGUAUAAUGUUCACCUGUGCCUUUCACUGCUUUUACUACAUCAAAAAUGCUCUCCAAAAUUUUCAUCGCUCUUUUGACCUGAACCGUUCAAUCCGAUGGCGUUUUGCAUGCAUUACCGCAAGUCUACCAUCUGCUUUUCUUUUUGCCUUUCUAUUUAGUGCUGGCUAUUUAUGGGCGCUUUUUGAUGGCCAUCCAAAGUUUAAAUUUGGUGUGUUACUUACCAUUUCUUUUACUCUUUGCUCUCUUGGUUUUUGGGAGAGUUGGGUGGACACUAAACAAAAGGAGGGUCUUUUUCAAGAACUUUAUGAGAUUAAAUAUGGCAUGAGAAAACUUAAUCCAGAAACAAGAAUGGUUGCUUCAUUUCUUCGCUUUUUGUGCACGUCAUCAGUUCUUUAUUUUUCAUUGAGGCAUCAUAAUAUUCCUGUAGGAACAUUAAUUUUAAUGUUAUUCAAAAGCAAAGAAGGAGUAUUUGGAGAUCAAGCAAAGAUUUUUAUUUUUGCGUUUAUCUCAUUGGCACUCAAUUUUUACCUUCGUAUUUGCUUUCGUUUUUUGGCGGCAAUGCGUCUAAAUUUGUUUACGUGUAUUCAUCCAGUGUUUUUAUCAACUCCAUUGCUUUUAAUGAAUUUUUAUGGAUUAUGUCAUGUACUUCCAAUUUGUCGGAUCAACGUUAUCUUAAAAUAUUUUGAUCUUAAUUUGUUUUGUAUUAAAGGUGUUAAUCCUACUGGAUCUGUAAAGGAUUAUUAUAUAACAUGGAUUUGGUUAAUUGAGUCAAUGACACCAAUGAUGAGUGGAUUGGAUAUUUGCCAGUCACUUGUUGUCUUUCGCUAUUCAAUUGCAAAGAAGGAUGUUGACUACGACUCUGAUGAAGAUGUUGAGCCUGAGGAAAGUCCUCUCCGAAUUAUAAAUGGUCACAUGGACAGAAUAAUUACCUUAUAUGUUUGUGCAACAAUGUGGCAUGAAACAAAAAAUGAAAUGACACAAAUGCUUCGAUCUAUUCUAAAACUUGAUGUUGAACAGUCUGUCCGACAAAGCGAGGAUGGAAUCAAAUUUCGAUUAGAAAUUCAUAUUUUCUUUGACGAUGCUUGGGUUGAUGACAGAGAAUGCGGAAGAGUACCCAAUGAUUACUUCAAAUUAUUAUUUGAUGUUUUAAUUGAGUUGACUAGAUCAGAAAAUGCUGAAACAGACUUGUUUACACGUGUUCUUGUCAAUACUCCGUAUGGUGGACGUAUUGUUAUGGCAUUGAGUGGAGGCGCUCUUCUCUUUGUUCAUCUUAAAGAUAAGCGUUUAAUUCGACAUAAAAAGCGGUGGUCACAGGUUUUUUUAUAA